AUGGCGGCGUUGCAAAGAGCCAGCGCGCCCCCGCGCGGUGGACAAACGCAAGUGCAGAGCCCAGCCUCGGCGCCGGCAGCGGCGGCGGCGCGGCAAGCGGUGCUGCACCUGAGGGGCGCGACGGUGGAGAGGGAGGAGGACGGGGAGGCGAGCAGUGGGAGUACGGGGCGGCGGAUCCAGUGGGCGGAGGACGUGGUUGAUAAUGAGGGGCUGGGGCGGAAGAAGAGUAAAGUGUGCUGCAUAUACCAUGCGCCGAAAGGGAUCGAUGAAUCGAGUGAUGAGAGCUCGUCGGAUGAUGACGAUAGCGAUAGUGGGGAUGAUGGGGCAGCGAGGCCGACGAGGAGGGAGGGGAGUGGACACGGGCACGAGCAUGGACAUGGACAUGGACAUGAUUGUGAGCAUUCACAUGGCAAGGGGAAGGGGAAGGGAAGAGCAAGGAGUCCGAAUGCAUAUGAGAAGAUGCCGAAGCCCAAGAGCGGCGGGGCGAAAGAGAAAGGCUAA